AAGAUGUGUUUAUCACCUCUUAAAGAACGUCAGCUCCUCUGACAGUGGCAUUUAUUACUGUGCGCUGGCCAUGUGUGGCGAGAUUAUAUUUGGAAAUGGAACCAAACUUGAAGUAGACGGCAGCAGAUGGUCAGAUCAUGGGCUCCUGCUGACGUGUAAUGUUGUGGCUAUCUGUGGGCUUGUCUGCAUUAUUACCUUUGGCAGGACAAUUUGCAAGGCUGAUAAUUGUCUACAAGGACAUGUUGAAAAACAGAAUUUAAAGGAAGAAGAGGAUACUCUGAUUUACACCACUGUCAUCUUCACCCUGAUUGAAAACAAUGAGUCAUGGAUAAAAGAUGCAAAAGCAGUGAAGAGGGAGAAGACCCAGGCUGCGCUCAAACCUUUCAGAGUGGAAUAAAAAGUUGAUGCUGUGACUGUUUUAUAUCACCAUGAACCAGAUAACCACAGCAGGAGGCCUUAUA